AUGUCCACCGGGUCCUUCGAGGGUCAAGACCCGUUCAACCGUACGCAGCAAGGAAACUUCGUGGUGCCACCGAGCAUGGCGACGCGCAUUCCAAAGCCUGACGGCGCCCUGCCCGUGAUCCCAAAGUCGAACAUCGUGGUCAUGGGAGGGCUCAACCUGGACACUGGAAUCACCGGCUCCGUGGUGGCCUUCGAUCCGUCCUUCAACACGGUGCAGCAGUGCGGGACGCUACCGACGCCGCUGCACCACCACCGCGCGGUCCUGAGCGGCUCGGACAUCUUCGUCGUCGGCGGCAUGCUGGAAUCGACCGAAGGCCUCUAUGUGUGCAGCAAGCGGUGCUACAAGCUCAGUGUGCCCACGCUGCAGUGGACUCGCGUGGCGGACCUGAAGACAGAGCGAGCCCACCACGGGCUCGUACUGCUCCCGGGACGGAUCCUGGUCUUCGGCGGACUCACCUUGGGCCGGAAGCUCCUGUCCAGCAUGGAGUACUACGACAUAAAGAGGAACAAGUGGACCAAGAUGAAGAGCAGCCUGCCCCAGGCCACGAUGGCCAUGGGCGCAGCGCUGUUUCGCUCUCUGGUUUGGAUAGCCGGCGGCGUGGUGGACAGCGGAUCCAACAAUUUGGACUGCUCGUCCGCUGUCCAAUGCUACAACCCGGAGACCAAAGCCUGGACGUUCAUGGCGCCCACGCUGCCGACGUCCUGCGGCUACCUGAGCCUGGUGAGCGACGGCUCGUCGCUGCUGGCCGUCGGGGGCUCCGUGUCCCUGGACCAGCUACAGCUCGGCAGCGUCCCGGACGUGCACGCACUGUCGGCGGACCAACGGACCUGGGAGCCCAUGCCCUUCCUGCCUCGACCAUGCCACAGCUCCGCGGCCGUGGCUUUCGGGGCCAACCUGUACGUGUUCGGGGGCAUCAGCAACGGCAACGUGCUGGCCGACGUGCAAGUGCUCCAGAAGGGCCGCUGGACGACCUGUGCACACCUGCAGGCCACCUUGCUCGGGCUAAGCGCGGUGGCGCUGCCUCCUGCACACGCGACGCCGCCCGAACUCGACCCGCUGGACAAAGGUCGCAGGGACGACGACCUCAUCGUCUGGAGCUGGCACAACCUCUGAGCGCGCCGUCGCACUCGGAGAUUUAAGAUAGAGUACUAAUAAAAUGUUAAAUAGUUUUGAGCCCUUAUAA